AUGAAAAGUUCACCGGGUAAAGCAAGAGGAGAAGAAAUUGAUCAAAAUUCAUUACCAAUCACUCCACUCGACAAACAUUAUCAUAAAUUAAAAUAUGAAUCAAAAAUUGGAAUUUGGCGAUUAUAUUUUGCCAAAAGCUAUAUUGGUGAUAAGGAUGCAUCUAUUUUUGUGAUCGAUAAAAAGAGUAAUGUAAAAGCACCACCAAGAAUUGGCCGAUUAAAUCGUUUAACAUUGCUGGAUUUGGUCAAAUAUGAUGUAUCGCAAUUGAUUUCAGUGACACAUCCGAGAAUAUUACAUUUGCAACAUGGCAUCGAGGAAAAUAGUGAAAGUAUUUAUACAAAUCUAGAAACUCUAAUCCUACAAAAACAAAUAGGAAAAUUAGAGAUGAAGAUUGGCAUUUUGCAGAUCAUAGAUGGACUAUCAUAUCUUCACAAUAAUGCAAAAAUAUUACAUGGUAAUCUGGUCCCCAGCGUAAUAUUUAUAACAACGUCUCGAUUAUGGAAAAUAGGUGGAUUAUCGUUUUCGGUGAUGGCUAAGGGUCCGAAUGUUUUUCCAUGUUUUCCAUGGACAAAGAAAUUACCCGUCCAACUUCAACCCGAUCUCGAUUUUCUUGCACCUGAAUAUUUAGCGGCUAAUCAAACUACUGUAACGACUGCGGCUGAUGUUUUCUCACUUGGCGCAUUAAUUUGUUGGAUUUGUACAGGAGGAAGUCGAUUGAUAGACGCUAAAAAUAAUAUCGAGACGUACUUAAUCAUCGUUGGCCAGCUGGACACCGCACUGAAAUGUAUUGCAUCACAUCUUGAUUCCAACUUACUGGAUGUCUUGCAAAAGGUGCUUAGUUGUUCAGUUGAUCAACGACCCUCCGUUCAAUUACUUGUUCUUAUUAAAUAUUUUGAUGACCAAACGUUAUCGGCGCUUCGCCAACUUGACGAUAUUGCUCAAAUGUUUGAUCCAGCAAACAAAAGUUUUUUCCUAUCACAAACCUUAUAUAAUCUUUUACCCAACAUACCUGAGGAUCUUUGGUUCAGUCGUAUCUUACAAAGAUUCAACGAGCAUUUGAUAGAUUCACAUGAACUCUAUGCAGCGCUUGCUAGGCCACUUAUAUUUAUGCUUGAUCGUUGUGAAAAUGAUAACAUUCCACAUUUGAAGCCAUGGAUUCAUCGAUUAAUUUGUCAUUCCCAACAGAAAGCGGAAAGGAAUACUUAUACGCCGAAUGUUUUAGGUUUUGUGCAAAAAAUUAUAGCGCAUGAUGCAACACGUCUUCGAAAUACGGAAAUUAUUUGUACGUAUUUAUUGAAUCCGCUAACUGUUGGAGUUGGAUCAUACGAAUUAAGUGCAACACAAUUUCAAGAAAUUUUAGCAACAAUUAAAAUACUUAUCGAAUUAAUUGAAGAGUUAAGGCUUGAAAGUGAUCAAAAAUCGCCUACAAAUAUCACGCUAGGAAAAAUGGGAAAUCGAAGAGUUAGUAUGAGUAGUACGCAUUUACCACGGGUAACGAUUACAAUCGCUCGUCCAUCAUGUUCCGAUUACGACACGAGGAAGAUGUCAUUUCUUUCCGCAGAUGGUUGUUUAGAAAAUGGUGCAAAAGGUCGACCGAGAAAUUCUCAUGCAUCAUCGGGUUCUGAAAGCUCAUUAAGAAUUGGUAAGUUUGAUUAUUUAAUCGUAUCGAAUGAUAAUCGUCUAUAUUUUACCUAUAUUUGCAGAACGGGUGAAGAAAGAAGAUCUCGAACACGAUCGCCGGUACUAAAUCAUGCGGAAUCACCGAUGCGACCAAAUAGCUUUACUAAUCUCGGACAUAACUUGGUAAUAAUCGUUUUAUAUGAUCAUUCGUUUUUUUUUAAGAACCUUUAA